AUGAGUGAAAAAAAUUUAGUCAAUAAAAAAGUUGAUUCAGAUGAUGAUGAAGAUAAUGAUGAUGAUUAUUGUCCGACAAAAACUCAUAAUGAACAAUCGGAUCAAAGUGAUGAAUCAGAACAUAAUGAUGAUGAUGACGAUGAUAAUAAUGAUGAUGAUACUGUCAAUGAUCAAAAUCAACAAACAGAUAAUAAAAAUCAAAAUGAUUUGAAUGUAAAACCUUAUGAUGAAUCCAAAACAAAUGACCUUUGGAAGAAUUUUACAAGUAGUACGAAAUCAUCAUCGAUAAAGAUAGAUAGUCCAAAGACAACAACAGAACUACCAAAAUCAACAAUACAAAAUUCAAAACCAAUAACAACUAAUAAAAUACUUGAAUUUGCUGGUGAAAAAAUUUCAGUACCAGUUACAACAACUACAACGACAUCGACAGAAAAUUCAUCUUUAAAACGACCAGCUUCUUCAUCAACAACAUCUAAUUCCGUACUUGAUCGUCUUGGUAUUAGUAAAAAGCAAAAAUUAUCAACAUUAGAAAAAUCUCGUCUUGAUUGGAAAACGCAUAAAGAAUCGGAAUCAUUAAUAGAUGAUUUGGAGUCUCAUCGACGUGGCAAAGAUUCAUAUGUUGAAAAGAAAGCAUUUCUACAACGUUCAGAACUACGUGAACAUGAUCAUUAUUUAUUUAAUGUAAAAAAGAAAUGA